AUGGGAAAAGCGACAACGUUCCUCUCAGCCAUCUUCUUGGCCAUUGGAGGGUUUCUCUUCGGAUACGACAGCGGCAUAAUCACCUCCAGCAUCGCGCAGGAGCACUUCGUCGAGUACUUCUCAAAACCAAACGACACCGUGGUCGGAGGAAUUGUUUCGGCCUUCCAAGGGGGUGCCACCCUCGGUACUGUAGUCAACAUGUUCUUUGGCGACCGACUCGGUCGAAAGAUGACCAUAUUCGCUGGUUCAUGUGUUGCCACGUUUGGGUGCGCUCUUCAAGGUGGCGCAGCAAAUAUGGCCAUGCUCAUCGUCGGCCGUUUCAUCGCCGGGAUAGCGGUGGGGAUGCUCACUGCUACAAUUCCGAUGUAUGCCUCUGAGCUUUCUGAAGCAAGCUACCGUGGAAUCAUGUCUGGUCUGUUGCAAUGGAUGCUCAGUUGGGGAUUCCUUGUGGCGCAAUGGCUGGGGUAUGGGUGUUCGUUCACCAAGGGUUCUUUUCAAUGGCGGUUCCCUCUCGCGUUUCAAUGCUUCCCGAGCCUGAUCCUCCUUGUUGGCAUAUGGUUUCUUCAAGAGUCCCCCCGCUGGCUAAUGGAAAAGGAUCGGCAUGACGAUGCGAUGCGAGCGCUCCGUAAGCUGCGUUCUGGCACAAACGAAGAGGCAAUCGAGCUCGAAUUCCGUGAAAUCCGUGACGUGAUCAUGGCAGAUCGCGCCCUCAUCAAGAUUUCAUGGUUUUCUAUCGUCAAGAGGGCCUCUUGGCGCCGUCGGCUCUUGCUCGGCUGUGGUGUACAGGCCUUCGGCCCUCUGUCCGGUAUCAACGUCAUCAACUACUUCGGUCCUCAGAUAUACAAGUCUCUGGGUAUCGGCAACCAAACAGCGUUGAUGAUCAUCGGCAUCAGCGGUGCUCUCUCGAUCGUCUAUUGCACCAUUGGCCUAUGGCUCCUUGACCGAGUCGGUCGGGUCAAGCCACUCAUCGUCUCCGCGGCCGGCCUCGGAGCAGCGCUUGUUGUCAACGCUGCCCUAUCUCAACACUUCGACCCGAACAAUAACAACCUGCUUCGCGCUAUGGUUGCAAUGAACUUCGUCUUCAGCCUGUUUUACACGCCCUUGGGUAUCAUCUCUUGGGUUUAUCCGGCGGAGAUCUUUCCAGUGGAAAUCCGGAAUCAAGGAAAUGCUAUUACUACGUUCACGAAUUGGACCUUCAAUCUCGUAUUUGCUCAAUUUUCUCCUGGAGCGCUGUCGAAUAUCGGGUUUCGCUAUUUCUACGUUUUCUUUGUCUUCAAUGUGAUCGCUUUAGUAUGUUAUAUCUUAUUCUAUCCAGAGACUAAGGGCAAGACGCUGGAGCAGAUGGAUGAAUUAUUUGGCGACCAGCUUGUUCCUCAUGCUCUGCAGGACUCUGCUGCCGCGAGCGCUGCAAUUGAGAGGAUAUCCUUCUCUGCGGGAAGUAUUAAUACUUCUGCAAAGAAAGUCUAA